AGGAACACGUAGAAUACACGCAAAUCUCAGUUUAACGUCGGCGCAAAUCUCAGUUAUUUAUAAAAGAAAAGUUCCGCUCGUUGAAAAUAAUCGUUAUCGUUCCAUUUAGGGACGGCCGGCUCAAUAUGAGUCUAGCCACAACUCAAACUGCGGCGAGUAGCGUCACAGUUUAGGACGACCAACCUGAUCUGAUACGUUUGGUUUAUUUUAGUACGGUAAGCCUAUUUCCCAUUGCCCACCACUGAGUUUGCCUAUCCACGCUCAAAUCUAUUCAUUUGCCCACUUCCGCUGGAUUUGCGCCGAGUCCACUUAAAUUUCUACAACCUCCGAUUAGUUUAGAUAUUACCCCCGUCCGUAUGUAAAAAAGAAGACCCACUCCAAAUGAAAACGUAGAACACGCGCAAAUCUCAGUUUACCCUCGGCACAAAUACCUCCCAUCUCGCUUCCGAUAUUCCGCUUCUGCAACUGAAUUUUCUCCUCUCUUUCUCUCUUUUCUGCUGCCUACUUUACAUCGUUCAAACUCCAACUCCAGAUCUUAGGGCUCCAUUUAUUCUUCUUUCACUCACAGCAUUCUUGAUAAAAUCUGAGAAAUUCUGAUCUGACUGAUUACUUACAGACAAAUUUCAGAAUAUUAGAACUAGGGUUUUCAGUAAUUUAAGGCACCAAAUUCUUAAUCUCUACGGUUUCCAGAACAAUCUAAGCGAUCAUCAUCGAAUAAAGAUAGUUUACCGACAUAUUUUAUAGUUAAAGGAAGGGUUGAUAUUUGAGAAGGGUACUGUUGGUGGUGGUAUGAUUUUGUAAGGGUUUUUAUAUAAACUGGAGCUUUGGAGAUGAUAGUUUUGAAAAGAGACUGUAUUUAUUUCAUUAGCUGCUUCGUUCCUCUGGGUCAAUGGCAUCCCUUGGAAUAACGAAAGCUCAUUUGGGCUUCAUGCCCUAAUCUUGCUUUAUCAAAUCAGGUCCAGGAAUUAUUCAGUCUUUUACAUUGGAAUUAUAAAUGUUUUUCUGGAGCUGUUGAAGUUUGUUUUUAUGCUUUACAAGACUAGUGGCUUCUCGAGGUUGACACAAAUGGGAUGCUGUAGUUGCUUUGGAUUUACAAAGAAAACCAGAAAAUUGAAGCCAUUUUCUGUUGCUGCUAGUUUGUGUUCUCAAGAAUUUUUGUUGAAUGGUAAUUUGGAAGACUCGGAUACUGAUUUGUAUAACGGUAUACAUGGAAGUUAUGGCGUAUUGCCUAGCACUGCAAAAGCUUCUGAAAAUAUUCUCUCGCGUAGAGCUCAAAAUGGAAUGAUAUGCAGAGGAGUUCCAGUGAAGGAGACUCAUCAGCUUAUCCGGUCAGAGGAUGAAAACGGGGACAAAAUGGUGAAUGAGUAUGUUCGAGUGUGUAAGAUCGGCUCUGGAAGCUACGGAAAAGUGGUUCUUUACAGAAGCAUUAGCGAUGGAAAGCAAUAUGCAAUUAAGGCUUUUCACAAGUCUCAUUUGUUAAAGUUGCGAGUAGCACCUUCAGAAACUGCCAUGACUGAUGUUCUUCGGGAGGUUUCAAUCAUGAAAAUGUUGGAGCAUCCAAACAUAGUCAAUCUUGUUGAGGUGAUUGAUGACUCCAACAUGGACAAUUUCUACAUGGUUCUUGAAUAUGUAGAAAGCAAGUGGGUCUGUCAGGAUUCUGAUCCACCAAAAGGAUUGGAUGAAACCACUGCUAGAAGAUACCUUAGGGGGAUCGUUGCUGGUGUCAUGUAUCUUCAUUCUCAUAAUGUAAUACAUGGAGACAUUAAACCUGAUAACCUUUUGAUUACAAGCUCUGGUGCAGUAAAGAUUGGAGAUUUCAGUGUCAGCCAGGUCUUUGAGGAUGGUAAAGAUGAGCUCCGGCGGUCUCCUGGAACACCCGUUUUUACUGCCCCUGAGUGUUGUUCAGGUGUAAGCUACCAUGGUAAAGCCUCAGAUACAUGGGCUGUGGGUGUCACUCUAUACUGUAUGAUCCUGGGACGAUACCCUUUUCUUGGAGAAACUUUACAGGAUACAUAUGACAAGAUCGUUAAUAACCCAAUAAAUAUACCUGAGUCCAUCGAUUUGCAGCUGAAAAACUUACUAGAACAACUUCUCUGCAAAGAUCCAAAUGAGCGGAUCACUUUGGAGGCCGUGGCUCAUCAUCCUUGGGUUAUUCAAGAAGAAGGCUUGAUCCCCGAGUAUGUGUGUCUCUGCAAGCGUAGAAAAUUCUCAAAAGGGUCUAGUGGGUUUUAGAAAAUUAAGAUUGGUCGCGGGUAGAGGAAACUUAAGCACCGGGCCCAAUAUUUGGGACACCAAAAGGUAUUUCGCGGAACAAAAAACUACAGCCACACCCAUUUUCUCACCUUCCACCACUGUCAAAUCCACGCGUGUAAAAGUUCACACACGUACCUAAAAUCGGCGUAUAAAUUCUGCCGAAACCCAAAAUUUUCAAAAUUCAGUUUUCUUUUUAUUUUAUUACAAGUUUAACCUCACUUUAUGUUUUGAGAUUUUGUAUUGAGAUUUUGUUCUGAGAGAUUGAGAUAGAGCCGGAGCGAGAGCUGAAGUAUUGAAUUAUCGAGAGUUGCGAAGGAGCUGAUUGAGAGAUUCAAUUUACUCAGCAAAGAUAAUCUGAAAUUCAAGUUCAGGGUGAAAUACCUGUUAUUAGUGCACUAGCUGUGAUUCACUACUUCGGUGAAUUCUUAGCACAUCAUGUUGAUGUCAAUUCAACUCUGGAGAAUUUGAAGACAGCCGUUUGCCUGAAGUAGACUCGUUUACUACCUCAUCAUGUCAGUUUUUCUUUUAAUGAUGGAAGCAAGUUUUUGCGAGUUGAUUCUGAUUUUCUGCUUCAGUGUUUUGUAUCUCGUUGCCACUAUAAAGGUCAGAAGAGCUUUGAUUUACUUGUUGAAGUUGUCUCCAAUUCUUUCAAUUGUUCCAGCAGUCGUAGUAGAGCUUCAUCAAGUAUGCAUUUGAUAGAACCUGAACCAGAACAAGUUAUGGUGAAUUUCCUUGAAGAUGAAUCUGUCCCUGUUAACAAGGUUCUUAGGACUGAGGGUUGGGAUAAAUUACUUGGUGAAGUUAGUAAAGUUUUUUUUGGAGGUGUAGCAGAGGUACGUAUUGCAGUGAAGAAAUACGAGCUAAAGUCUGGGUAUGUUCUUAUAUAUACUAAGAAUGAACCUAGCAGGUUCUAUGCAAAAUGCUCUAAAGAAAAUUGCCCUUGGGAGUAUAAGGUUUGUGCUGUUGAUGUUGAAAACAGAAUGCUUAAGGUUAAGAAAUAUUAUAGCAGUCAUCACUGUGGUGUGGGAUGUCAAAGGCUUUUCCACAGGCUCAGCAGUAAAUUUGUUUCUAGUCUUAUCAAGGAAGAAAUCAGAAGUGAUCCGAGUAUCAAAGCUUCUGAUUUGAAAAAGUUUUUUAAACAUAACUACGGUAUCAAUAUGAAAUACUACCAAGCUUAUAAUGGAAGAGAGAAAGUGUAUGAGGAUAUAUUUGGUGAUGAUGCCAUUUCGUAUUCGCAUGUGGUAUGGUAUGUAGAUGCUAUUCGCAGCACAAAUCCUGGGAGUUGUAUUGAUUUUUAAGUUUAAAGGGAUGAAACUGAAUCGAACAAGGAUAGUUUAACUGAUUUAGAAGUUGAACCACCUUCAAAUAAGUUUGUGCGUCUUUUUUGCUUUCGAGGCAUGCAUCAGUGGUUACCGUUACCUUCGUCCUAUGAUUUAUGUCGAUGCUACCUUUCUUACAGGGAGAUUUAGAGGAUGCCUCAUGGCUGCAACCGGUAUCAAUGCUGAAAAUGGGUUCUUUCCACUAGCCAUGGCCCUAGUACCUGCUGAAGAUAAUGAUAACUGGGAAUGGUUCAUGAGGAAUUUGAGUAAUGUUGUUGAUCAUGAUCAAAGGCCAAUCACAUUUUUAUCCGAUCGUGCAGAAGGAUUAAAGAGAUCGAUUCCAGUUAUUUUCUCUGGAUCCUUCCAUAGUUUCUGCUAUUAUCAUCUUAAGAUGAACUUACCUAUUAAUGCUUCUGACGAAAGGUUUGGUGCCGUUAUUGAUGCAUUUCAUGCUGCUGUAUAUGCUCUUAGUCCUGAAGGCUUCCAAAAUGCCAUUGCUACGAUUAUGGGUCUUGGUUGUGGUUGGGUUGCAAACUAUAUUGAAGAUAUACCUCCCGAGAGAUGGUCAAAUGCCUUUUUUCAGGGUUGUAGGUAUGGAAGGACAUCUUCUACUCUUGCUGAAUCCUUCAAUAGUUGGAUGAAGGUACAUAAGAAGCUCCCUGCUAAUGCUCUUCUGGAUCAGAUAAGGAAGGAUGUGAUGAGGAUGAUGUCAGAAAGGAGAAGUACCGGUAAAAGUUUCAUAACAGUUCUCACACCGAAGAAUGAAGUAAAGAUGAAGGCUCUUAUUGAUGAGGGUUUAACCUGGAUGGUUAUACAGUCCGAUACUCAUGUUUAUGAAGUGGAGGGCGGGGAGAGUUCUCAUUGUGUUAACCUUGAGCUAAAGACAUGUACCUGUCAGAGGUGGCGCGUCUAUGAGUUUCCAUGUGUGCAUGCUUUUGCUUCGAUAACAAUGUCAGGUUCUAAUCCAUAUGAUUUUGUUGAACCUUAUUUCACUACUUCAUACUUCAAUAAUACCUACAACCAUGCCAUUCAUCCUAUUCGAAACUACAACAUGCCCGAAGUUUAUGAAGGUAAUCAGAUUAUCGAUGUGCCUGAUGUUAGGAGGCCGCCUGGGAGACCACCAGCUAAUAGACAUUUGAGCAGUUACGAGAAGCCGCCAAGGAGAUCUAUUCGAUGUGGUUAUCACAACAAGCAAACUUGCACAAAGCCUACCUGCUACAAGAAGCCGCUGAAGCAGCCUAAGGGAAGUUAAGGGAGAGAAUUUAACUUGUUGGUUUCUUCAAGCUUAGUUUCACGUUUGAACCUAAUUCAUUUUUCUUUAUUUUAAUUUCUGUAUGGGAUUUUAUGAACAAGUACUUUUUCAUUUUGUAUUGGUUUUUAUGAAGAAAAAAAAUAAUUCUCUUUUCA